UAGAAGAAGAACACGCCUCCCAGUGUGCACAGCGCAAUUGACCAAGGAGUUGUGGUUGACAAUAAUGCUGUGUCAUGGCGUUUCCUCAGCCUAAACCUCAGGCUCCUCAGCUUCCUCAGCAUCUCCUCAGGACCAUUAACUGUCAGCAGGGAGCUGUCAGGGCUGUUCGCUUCAAUGCUGAUGGGAACUACCUGCUGUCCUGUGGCAGUGACAAGUCUCUGAAGCUGUGGGGUGUGAGCAGAGGGACCCUGUUAAAGACAUACAGCGGCCAUGGAUAUGAGGUUCUAGAUGCUGAUGGUUCCUAUGACAACAGCCAGCUUUGCUCCUGCAGCUCAGACAAGAGUGUGAUCCUGUGGGAUGUUGCCUCUGGCCAGGUCAUUCGCAAACUCAGAGGUCACGCUGGGAAAGUCAACUGUGUGCAGUUCAAUGAGGAGGCCACUGUUAUUUUGUCUGGAUCCAUCGACGGGACAGUGAGGUGCUGGGAUACCAGGUCCAGGAGGUUUGAGCCCAUUCAGGUUCUGGACGAGGCGAAGGACGGUAUCAGCAGUGUGAAGGUCGUACAACAUGAGCUGCUUACUGGAUCAGUGGACGGCAGAGUGAGGCGCUACGACCUCAGGAUGGGACAGCUGCAUGUGGACUUCAUCAACAGUCCCAUCACGUGUGUGUGCUUCAGUCAGGACGGUCAGUGCACACUGAGCUCCAGUCUGGACUCCGUGGUCAGACUGCUGGAUAAGAGCACAGGGGAAAUGCUGGGAGAGUAUACAGGACAUAAGAUGAAGAGCUACAAACUGGACUGCUGUCUGUCCAGUAAGGACACACAUGUCCUCAGCUGCUCUGAGGACGGACAUGUCUACUGCUGGGACCUGGUGGAGGGGUCUUUGUCCUUGAAGCUGCCCGUGGGUAAAGCCGUGGUUCAGUCACUGUCCUUCCACCCCACAGAGACCUGCCUCCUCACGUCCAUGGAAGGCUGUGUCCAGGUGUGGGCAGCGGAGCCAGAGGAGACGCAGGAUGAGGUCACCAUGGCAACAUAAUAAGCCCUGUUCAACGUACACUGUGAGUGAUCCAUUCACAGGCUGAUCACUCACACCACAUUCAAGGACCACAUGGACACACUUCUUCAUCUAGACACAAAUAGAUUUUUAAUGUGUUAACAGCUAAGUUAAAAGAGGUAAGAUUGUAUCAGAACUGUCCCUGGGGAAAAAAGUGCCAUGAAGAAAUCUCACAAACAUUGUCUUUUUUCUUUUUCAAUGUGUGUGAAACAAUCCUUUAAAUACUGUAUAUUUUCUUGAAUGAAAAUAAGCAUCAUUAAACCUUUCCAUGUUGUAUAAUGA